AUGGACUCUGAUAUCCUGGACAGUUCUAGGUCUGCUUUGGAAAAUAAAUACAGUGAAGCUGCAUGUUUAAAAAAAGAUGAAGUGCCCUCCAAAGUUGCAUCAGGGAAGAACAGUGAUUCCCAUUUAGCAGCAUCGACAAAGGAGGAAGAUGAUCACUUUGUCAGAGAUUAUGUAGACAAGAAGGAUGAUAGUGUAGAAGGUGGACGAGACUCCACUUCUUUAGAUGAAAAGGGUGGACGAGACUCAACUUCUUUAGAUGAAAGCUCAGAAUUCAAUAGACAGUUAUUAUCAUUAAAAACAACUUUAGAUAAUCUAUUAGAAAAUGAAAGUGUCUCAACAGUGUGUGAUUCGAACCCUAGUGAGGCUUCAAGUGAGCCAGUUAUCAUCAGAUCACCAAGGAGAGUAAUUGAAAAGCAGCAGAAGCCUCUAGUCAGACAGUCUGAGCCCCGGCCAGUUGAUGAUAAUCAUGAUGUGAAUGAAGAGCAUGAUGAUGAUGAUGAUGUAGUUGUGACCUCAUAUGGUGAUUAUAGGAAACCAGACUCAGAUCCUGUCAGAGUUACAGGGGAAGAUACUUCUCAAGAUAAGGUGGAGGAUAGUGGAAAAUUAUCUUCAGAAGUUUAUCUUAGAUCAAGUGAACCUGAGAUUCUGGAAAUUUCUCUGAAGAAAGAUGGUAGUGGGUUUGGUUUUACUAUCGCUGGGGGAGUGAACUCUGGGGGUUGUUACAUCAAACAGUUGGUCUCUGAUCCUGCAAUAGGAGAUGGUCGGCUGCAACAAGGCGACAGGAUAUUGAAGGUGAAUGGUCAGUACAUUCUGGCGUUAAACCACAUUGAUGCUGUUACCUUCAUCAGGAAGCUGCCCAAUGUGGCUCACAUGCAAGUCCUGAGGUAUCCCCAGUCUGUUGAGGAUAAGGAGACACAGGUCA